AUGACCUCCUCCUUUGAUCUGUUACCGAAUGAGAUUUAUCUCUCCAUAUUUGAUUAUUUGAAACCCAUUGACGUUCUCUAUUCAUUUUUUAACAUCAAUAAACGUUUGAAUCAUCUUGUUCGUUAUAAUUCACCACCUUCCUACCUCGACCUCAGAAAUAUUUCUAUCAAGGCAUUUGAACACUAUUGCUUGGAUCUAUUCCCAUUAUUUUACUCAAAUAUUAAAUCAUUAAAAAUUGACGGUGAACAAUUUUCUCAUCAAAAGUUUCAAUAUCCAUCAAACAUUAAAGAUCUAACAUUAUCACUGACCGGUGAUUAUUAUCCACCUUCGUUGUUAUCAGACGAAAAAUUGUUCAAUGGCAAAUGUCUAUUGACGACAUGUUCAAUCGAAAAUUAUGCUUAUCAUCUGUCAAAACGUUUGUCAAUAUGUCCAACAUUGAAACAGUUAACUAUUCAUUUGAAAUGUCAUGCCGAUUUACUGGAGAUAAUGAAUCGUCUACCAAACAUACAGAAACUACAUUCAACUAUUGAUUACGAUGUUUCAAGUACAAACGAAUCACCAUCAUCCAUUACUCUUACAUUUCCAUUUCAAUUUUUAACUGAUUUCUCCUAUAUCAUCUCACAACGGCAUGGUCUUGUUUAUUUUGUGACCAAUUAUUGUCUCAUUGAAACAUUAAUUAAAUCAUUUUCAACAUUAAAAUAUCUUCAAAUGUACAUUGUUGGAUGUUUACAUACAUGUCUAGAUGGCGACUAUUUAAAAGCCAAUUUGUUAAAACAUUUACCUUUGUUACAAGAAUUUCACUUUUUUUUUCAAUCCUAUGGUACUACUGACUAUUUAAUGAAAGAUAUGUCAACAUAUCAAACAGAUUAUUGGCUAAAAGAAAAAAGAUUAAAUUUUGGCUAUGUGAAUAAUGAACUAACUGAUAUUCAAUGUCUCUUUACCUUACCCUAUGCAUUUGACAGAAUUGAUGGAUGUGUUAAUGAACAUUUUAUAAAGAAUAUCAAAACAAAUCAUACCAUAAAGACGAAUCUUAGCAAGUGUCCUGGUUGGUUAAAUGUGAAACAUUUAGAAUUAGCGUGUGAUAUUACACCAGGAUUACUCUCUACGUUAAGUGAAAUAUUUGUUAAUUUGAGAACAGUCCGUUGUUACGGUGGUUAUCGAUAUAUUCAUCCAUCUUUACUUAAACUCAAAACGUCAACAUUAAAAUCUGUUGAUAAACUCAUAUUUGAAGAAAAUUGUUUACGACAUACUUCACUUGUUCAAUUAACACCUAACCUUCAUACACUUCAUCUUUCACUCACAAUUCUACUACAAUUAAUUCAAGAAGUAGGUACUGGAUAUUUAUAUCAAAUAAAAGAGUUACAUGUUCGUCUAUUUCAACAACCCUAUUUACAAGAAGUAAUUGAUGCAUUUCCAAAUAUAAGACAUUUAACACUUUGUUCUCGUUUAUCUGAUGAUGAAUUACCGUUAAGAUCAUUUGUUGAUAAACGUUGUCAUCAUAAACAUCGACCCAUAUCCGCUUUAGACAUUAUUGAACAAUUAUUAUCAUGCAAGUCUUUGAAACAGUUAACCAGUGUUAAAAUUGGAUGCUAUUGGGAACGUGAUGAAGAAAAUAUUCAAAAUAUUUUAGCACGAAAGAUUCAUAAAUAUUUUGGACAAUACUUUUCCUUACGUUGUGAACCGUAUACGUCGACUGCAUGCGGAAAUGUCCUAUUUUCAAAAUAG